CCAAUUCUCCAUCCAUAACAACAACCUCCAUUAUUAUCACGUCCAAUAACUAUUCGUAAAAACGGAUCAGCUAAACGAAGAGAGCGACUGUCUUCUCGAGAAAGAUACUUCCGUGAUCUCGAAAGCAGUUCGCCGUAUACGACGUACAAAGAUGCCUCUGUUGCUGAAAAUGAUCGACGUGUUCGGCUCGUUGAGAUCUCUGUUCAAAAUUCAAAAGAUCUCUGUCGACACGAUGACAUUUCGGCUGCAUUAUCGCGCAACAGUGGCGCUACUCCUCGGUGGAUGCGUCACAUUGGCCUGCAAAAGUAUUUCCGGUUCACCGAUUCAUUGCGAGGCGUCCGGUUCUGUGGAUAAGAUCGUGUUGGAGACUUUUUGUUGGCUCCAUACCACGUACAGCAUGGUGCACGCGUUUAACAAGAGUCUGGGCCAGGCAGUGCCGUAUCCUGGUGUGUCGAACAGCAAAGGUGAUGGAAUACACGGACACGUAUCGCAUCCGUUGGUCAAACAGCACAAGUACUAUCAGUGGGUCAUCUUUUUCCUACUAGUGCAAGCAAUCCUCUUCUAUACGCCUCGAUGGUUAUGGAAAGGCUGGGAGGGUGGCAAGAUCCAUGCGUUGAUGAUGGAUCUCGACAUCGGCCUUUGUUCCGAAGUCGAGAAGAAGCAGAAGAAGAAGAUGUUACUCGACUAUUUAUGGGAGAAUCUUCGGUUUCACAAUUGGUGGGCUUACAGGUACUACCUUUGUGAAGUUCUCGCUCUGCUGAAUGUGGUCGGUCAGAUGUUUCUAAUGAACCGAUUCUUCGAUGGUGCGUUUUUGACGUUUGGUAUCGACGUGCUCAGGUUUCUCGAAUCGGAUCAAGAAGACCGGGUCGAUCCUAUGAUUUAUGUGUUCCCGCGGAUGACUAAAUGCACCUUCUACAAAUAUGGCGUAAGCGGUGAAGUCGAAAGGCAUGACGCCGUUUGCAUACUGCCCUUGAAUGUUGUCAACGAAAAAAUAUAUGUUUUUCUAUGGUUUUGGUUCCUCUUUCUCGGCGUGCUUAGUUUCAUCACGGUUUUAUACAGGAUCGUAAUUAUAUUUUCGCCACGAACGAGGGUAUAUCUUCUACGAUUACGAUUUCGUUUAGUCAGAAAAGAGGCCGUAGAAACGAUAGUUCGGCGGAGCAAGGUCGGUGAUUGGUUUCUUCUCUACAUGCUCGGCGAGAAUUUAGACACAGUGAUAUACAGAGAUGUGAUGCACGAGCUCGCGAAUAAGCUUGCCUCAAGACACCAUCACAGUGUGCCCGGGAUCAAAGGAGAACUACAGGAAGCCUGAUCGAAAUUGCCUCGGAGAGCUAUGGAAACGAACACGAUUCUUGAGACGACGAGAAUAUUUUUCACUGAAAAAUAUAAGUGCAAAGGAUGCCAAAGGUGGAGAUUCAAGGACAUGCGACAAAAUAGAACGGAUCGUUUUAUAUCC